CGCGAGCUGAUCUCGACAGAACUUCAGCUGCAGUUCUGACAGUGGAUUCACGCCUUCACAGGACUUACUCUUUUUGCAGUUUCUCUCAUUUGGAUACAACAUUUGAUUAUACUUGGAAUAUCUCAGAGAAGACAAACAAAGCGCCGUUUCCUGGUCAUGAACUUGUCAAGGCGCCUCCCUCCAGAUGCACAGCGAGUAAAGCAGCUUCUGUCUCUCUCACAGAAACAUGCCUGUGUCCCGAAUGCGCAUGCGACCCUGGCUGGAGACCAAAAUCGACUCCAACACCAUCAGUGGACUCAUGUGGGUCAACAAGGAGGAGAUGAUGUUCUCUAUCCCGUGGAAACAUGCGGCUCGGCACGGCUGGGAGGUGGAUAAAGACGCCUGUCUGUUCAAGCAGUGGGCCAUUCACACAGGAAAAUACAAGGAGGGAGUGACCCAGCCCGACCCCAAGACCUGGAAAGCUAACUUCCGCUGUGCCAUGAACUCGCUGCCCGACAUCGAAGAGGUGAAGGACAAGAGCAUCAACAAAGGCUGCGGCGCGGUGAGAGUCUACCGCAUGCUGCCCGCCAUUGCCAAGAAGAAGAUGAAGAGAUGCAAGAGCCGCGACAGCCGCAAGCGCAAGAUCAAGAUGGAGGACAUCGACACUCAAGAAAUGCAGACAGAAAUGACCCAGGAGAACAAAAUCGACAGCACCGUCAAUCAAAGUCCCGCCCACCCCCUCGAAGACACCCCUGCAUACGAUGUGGAAAUCGGCAGCUGUCCCGAAGACCUGUACAUGGAAAAGUUCCAGGUGUCUCCGGUGCACUCCACAGACCUGGAGGAGAGCGAAGCCAUCAUUGAGAUCUCACGGCAAUUGGAACGUGAUAGCACGCAGUGGCUGCAGAGCAAUUUCUUUACAAAGGGGUUCCUGGCCAAUGAAGUAGCCACAACAGAAUCUCUGAGUCCAGAGAGCCAGUGGAGCGAAAGCUCAGGAGAGGAGCUGGAGUUCCGGCUCUACACUGAACUGACCCCAGACCUGCGUGACGACUCUCUCUGCACCUACACCGAACUCAUGAACAGCAGCUCAAUGCCACAGACCAUGUGUCCUCUCUGAGAGCGCUCGGACUCUGUCUCCUCACUCAUGGACUCCAAUCCACACAAUGACUCAACCUCGUACCUCAAUCUCGUUGGUUCUUACGUCUGGAUUCUGCUGAUCCUCGCAGGAUGGACCGGUGCUCUUCUCUGAAGGAUCUUCCAGAACGGAAACUAGACGAGGGACCGUGGCUUCGCUCCUCUUGUACAGCUCUGUGACCGUGUAACCUCAUGUAAUGUGAACUGGAGCGAUUCCGUUAUGUGCUCAUCGUGGCAGGGGCUUUCUCACCAAUAGGAUAUAUAUAUGUAUUCAUUUUACACAUUUAUCAGAUGAGAGUUUGGGAAGGGGUUCUUCAAUGUACAUACUGUAAAUAUUUAUUUGUAAUAAAAAAACAAAAUGAAUUUA